AUGCUUACUAUCAGUAAGGUUGACCUCUGGGCUAAAACAAUAGACGUUAAAGUUGAAGACUUGGACUGUAUUGAUACACUGGCAAAGGAUGUAAUUUUCUACUCUUGCCUAACUACCUCUGUUACUGGUUUGGACAAAAAACAUUAUGAUCUUUUGUAUAUAUCUCACUGCUUGAAGAAAGCUGUUUCUGGUGAAAGUAAUGUUGGCACGUUUUAUAAAGUGAUUAUUGCUCCCAUAUAUCUUUUUACAGAUGACACUUCUGGCAGUUGGUCAAAACAGUACAACCUGUACAAAAGCUGGUCCAUGUUUCUCACAGCAAUGUCUUAUGCAGAACGCUCUUCUACCAAGAAUAUUUUCUUUCUGUCUGCUGUCUCAAAGAAGAAAGGUGUUAGUGAUCUGUCUCUCUUACCAAUGAUUGCCAAAAAUCUUAUGAAACUUGAAAGUGUCAUUCUCAUGUACUCUGCUAAACACAAGAAAUAUGUUUUGGUUGUUGCUCUUUUGCUCUUUAUUGAAGCUGACACUCCUUGUCACUCAGAACUCUGUGGCAUACUUGGUGUUGUGGUGGUUGAAGUUGAAGAAGUUUUUAAGAGGAAGAAUUGA